AUGAGACUUCUCACUUCUAGUUUGACUAGAAAUGCCACUAGAGCAGCUACUAGAAAGCCAAUGAUUAUGGCUAGCAUGAUCCAACCCUCCUUCACGGCGGCCAAUACUUCGAAGUUCAUUGGAUCUUGGAGAUGCUAUUCCAACGCGGCCAAAGAAGAGGGCAAGACUGGCGAGGAUGCUGAAUCAGAACAGAAUACCAAGGAGGGCGAAAGCCUCAGUGAGGAAGCAAAAAAGAUCAAGGACUUGGAAGGUAAAUUGACUGCCAAGGACAAGGAACUAGCAGAGUACAAGGACCGCCUGCUCAGAUCAGUUGCUGACUUCAGGAAUUUGCAAGAGGUCACAAAGAAAGACGUGCAGAAGGCGAAGGAUUUUGCUUUACAGAAAUUCGCCAAGGACCUUUUGGAUUCUGUUGACAACUUUGGUCAUGCUCUGAACGCUUUCAAGCCAGAAACAUUGGAACAAUCUAAAGAGAUUUCUGACCUCUACACUGGUGUGAAGAUGACAAGAGACGUUUUUGAGAAGACCCUUAAGAAGCACGGUAUCGAAAGGAUGGACCCAAUGGGCGAGACUUUCGAUCCUCACAAGCACGAAGCCACUUUUGAGAUUCCAAACCCUGAAAAGGAGCCAGGAACCGUUUUCCACGUCCAACAGUGCGGCUUCACUUUGAACAAUAGAGUAAUUAGACCAGCCAAAGUGGGUGUUGUAAAGGACCCUGAGAAUUAG